GGUUUAGCUGCAGUGAGAUGAGAUGACUUCUCUGCUUUUUAAAAGUGGCAUAGAUUUAUUUAUUUAUUUUAUUUUUUGGCUGAGUAAGGAAAAGCAAAGUUCUCGUCUCCAACCAAGCAGGAAUUUGUUCUUGAAAUAAGCAGAAACGUUCCAAGAUUAGAAUAGAUUGCUGUAGUUGAUCUCAUCCCCUGCAUGACUAAUUCUGGGUGGUUAUUUAGGAGGCUGAACGGGAGAGUAUAAACCCAGACCCUCGCUUUGUUUUUGGAAACUCUUCAGUGAUAAAGAAGCUGGAAUAGCUCCUUUACAGGAUUAUCUUUACGCUGGGGGUAGCGAUACGUGAGCGAUCUGCCCUCCUCACGGCUCCACACUAGCCGUGGAGCGGGUGCAGCUCUGACGAAUUCGCAGCUCUCUCUUUCAAAGCUUCAUUCCGAAUAUUUUUUCAAAUGGCAAAUAUCCAACAUUAAUAAUCCACAUAGCGGGACUGGGAGGAGGCUGCUGUGGGGGCAGCACUAUCACGUUGAACUUCAAACGGUCUUUUUACUAGCCUGAACAGCGUACCAUACUGGAAGAAGAGAAGCUGCAGCAAGAGGAACGAAUGAGAAUGGAAUCCAGGCGACAAGUCACAGUGUCCUGGGACUCAGGAGGAUCGGAUGAAGCUCCUCCCAAGCCCAGCAGGCCUGGUUACCCCAGUCCGAGAUCCAGUGAAGGGUUUUAUCCAAGUCCGCAGCAUAUGGUACAGCCAAAUCAUUACCAGGUGUCUGGCUACCCUGGUUCCCAUGGGAUACCAGCCAUGGCAGGCAGCAUUUAUCCUGGGCAGGCUUCUCUCUUGGAUCAAGCAGAUUCCUGGAACCAUCGGCCUCAGGAAAUAUCAGUGUGGCAACCAAACAUGGAGGAAUCAGGCACUUUGGACAUAAGAGGAAUGGGGCAGGUUCUACCCACACAUCUCAUGGAGGAGAGGUUGAUACGACAACAACAAGAGAUGGAGGAAGACCAGCGUUGGCUUGAAAAAGAGGAACGAUUCCUGAAACCUGACGUGCGGCUCUCCAGAAGCAGCAUCGACCGGGAGGACGGAGGUCUCCAGGGCCCGGCCGGUAACCAGCACAUAUAUCAGCCUGUGGGUAAACCAGAUCACGCAGCUCCGCCAAAGAAACCUCCCCGCCCUGGAGCCCCGAGCCACCUGGGCAGCCUCGCGAGCCUGAACAGCCCCGUGGACAGCUACAACGAAGGCGUGAAGAUCCAGCCGCAGGAAAUCAGCCCUCCUCCCACGGCCAACCUGGACCGCUCGAACGACAAAGUCUACGAGAAUGUAACGGGGCUGGUGAAAGCCGUCAUAGAAAUGUCCAGCAAAAUACAACCAGCUCCACCAGAGGAGUACGUGCCCAUGGUAAAGGAGGUCGGUUUGGCACUAAGAACCUUACUGGCAACGGUAGACGAGACCCUCCCAGUGCUUCCUGCAAGCACCCACAGAGAGAUCGAGAUGGCGCAGAAGCUGCUGAACUCAGACUUGGCCGAGCUCAUCAACAAGAUGAAGCUGGCGCAGCAGUACGUCAUGACCAGCCUGCAGCAGGAGUACAAAAAGCAGAUGCUGACAGCCGCUCACGCGCUGGCUGUGGACGCCAAGAACUUGCUGGAUGUUAUCGAUCAAGCCAGGCUGAAAAUGAUCAGUCAGUCCCGACCGCACUAAGUCCCGAGGGAAGAGUUUCAUCAGUCGAAGAAUUCCGCUUGCGAAAGGAUGUUCCUUCACCUUCCACCAGCAGUGAGGAUUCACCCAGCGUAGUCCUGGCUUCCCAGCGCCUCUUGCUUCAGCAGACCUGACUGACCGCUCUUGGUUCUCUCAUUACAAAAGUUUAACCAAGUUUUUAUCGUAAAGCCAAGCUCAUCUGGGAAUUCAAGAAGUGGUGUUAUCACACGAUGAAGUUUGUACAGGAGCCCUCGGGAGAUCGUGGCCACGGAGUGCGCUUCAGUUUGAUGCCGUCGCGCGGGGCACGCUCGGCCUAGAGCUGCCGUGGGGCAACGGUCUCGGAGCCAAAACUGUUGGGAGCAGCAAGACCGGAGGAGGAUAUUGUGAAGUGAAGAAUUCGGGGAAACCUCAGGGCUGAGAAUUCUUGCCCACAGUAUAUGAACUAUCCAGACUGGAAUUUUUUUUUAUUAGAACACUUACGUCGCAAUAUGCUAAUCACAAUUUACAGAGAAAGAAUAAAAAGCUAUAUUUUCAAGACUUCGGUCAUUUCAAGACAAACUAAAGCCCUCUUCAUCUUCCUUUUACUUUCCGUGAAGGUGUGAAGCAUCUGUUUGGAACUAGCUGUAGAACACAACUGAAAACUCGUCUUUUUUUUCACCAGAAUAACGUGCCAGUUCUUUUGUAGCAAUGUUGUUCUCCUUGGAAGCAAAAAUGCUGCUUUGUACCAGAGCAAUUCGGAGCUGCAUUUAGAGGAGUUCUGUAACCAUCCAUGUCCCCCGUUUUUAUAUAAUUUAUAAAGACAGAUUAAAGCCAUGUUGAAUAUUUUAAGCCCACUGUAGUUAACUAACCCAUCCUUUUGUCUUAUCUUGCCUGGGAGGAGUUACAGUAGAGCAGUGUAAUUAGAUUUUCCUUGGUUUUCCAGUUAUGCCAUCUGUUCUGUUAAAAUAAAAACCACACUCCCUUUUUGCUGUUGAGGGAUAUAAAUUAUUCUCAGGAAGAAUAUAAUGAACUGUACAGUUACUUUGACCUAUUAAAAAGGUGUUACCAGUGA